AUGAAUACGUUAGAUUCUCUAGCUUUCAACUAUCUCAGAUUCGAUAAAUUAUGGACGUGGUGGUUAUCUGUCCUCGCCGCCGCCGGAUUUUGGAGGAUCAAAGUCCCUUCUUUGUCUCCGCCGGCGAAGCCAAGCCAAGCCGCCGCCGUUUCCAGUGAGCCGCCGUCAACGGCUCCUAGAACUACGGUAACGCCGUUUUCCGCGUCGGAAGGGGUAGAAGGCUCCACGAAGGGGAAGUUCGCCGCGUAUUUUGACUGCGAUGAUGAGCUGCUGGCCGGCGGUAACGGCGUUGAGAGUAACGGUAACGGUAACGGUAACGGCGGCGGUGGGGGUGAAGGAGUGGUACGGGCGUUGGGAGAGGGUAAUGGAAACGAGAAUGGGAGGAAUGGGGUGGUACCGUUACCAGGAUAUAACGGUGAUUGA